AUGUUACCUCUUUUUAAAGAUCAAAUUCUGGAAUCCACCAAAAAUGAGAGAUUCAAAACAGAACUUAAUGUUGAAUUAUCAUCUUUUCUUAAUACAAUUUUAGAUAAAAAUUUGCAACAGAAAAAUACUAAUUUUGAAAUUAGUCAUUGUAUAACUAAUCUGAUUUCUGAAGGUGAUGGUCAUUUGUAG